UGCAUGAUUUAACAACCAUGAAACUAAUAAAUCACGAGGAAGUAAAUACUUUAAUUAAACAAUAUGGGAAAUACAAAGUUCUUGAUUUUACGAUUUCUAAGUAUUCAGACAAUUUGAUCGGUUAUUUAGGAGAACAUUUGAAGCUAACAGUUACAGUGGAAGCCAAUGGAGUUCAGUCUGACUACAAGUUUUUUGUGAAGUGCAUGCCGAAAGAGCAAUGGCUGGCAGAUUUUUUGACAAAAUCAAAUUUCUUCCUGAAAGAAUACGUGAUGUUGAGUGACUUAUUUGUAAAAUUUGAUCAAUAUGGAGGGAGUAAAUGGCGUCCGAAAUCGCUCUUGAUAAGAAAAGAUUUAUUUGUAUUUGAAGACAUAAAAGAACUUGGAUAUCAAAUGUUUCACCAACAAGGUGUUCUAAAUUACGAGGAAAUGAAAGCUGUAGUGAAAACACUAGCUAAAUUUCAUGCUCAGUCGUUCAUUUACGAAGAAAAAAUGUCUCGAGAACUGCAAAGACCUUACAGAAUUUGGGAAGAUUUUAGCGAACAUUUAAAAGAAACCGAGGAACUCAAAUGGCGUAAUACUGGCAGGAACGCUGUCAUUGACUUUCUCAAAGUCAAUUCCAAACGCAAAAGCGAAACAAAUUUUUCAAAAAUGUCAGGGAACUAGUGAUCUCUUUAUUUGACAAUGCUUUGAACUUAACGAAACCUAGUGCAAAAUACCGAAAUACUGUGAUCCAUCGAGAUCUCUGGUGUAACAAUAUAUUAAUUAAAUCCGAUGGUCAAAGCUAUCACGCGCUGAUAGUGGAC